AAGUAGGCGGAAACGUUAUUGAGCAGUUGCCCUCUGUUGGCGUAACUUCUAAUUUGGCGAAAAUAAAUAAAUAAGCCAUAAGAAAUAUAGUAAAUAGUAGUUUGUGUCAGGUUUUACGAUGAAUAAGAUAUAAUUAAACAUUUUAUUUUAUUUAUUAUUCAAAUGAUCAGUUAAAACAUUUACAGAGACAUUUUAAAAACUAAUAUUUUAUGAUGUGAAACAUUCGAUUGUCGUGUUCAUUUUAACUAAACCAUUAAACUAAAAUUUAUGAGAGAAGUGGUAUAGAAUUAAUUUGCAAUCCUGGCGGAUAACGAUAAAUUUGUUACUUAUCCGGGGGCUUAUCAGCCCUCAAAGAUGAAUUUAUCUGAGUCCCCGGAUUUAGAUUUCAAGUACAGUGAUACUGAUGAACAUGGGAAUGAAAUAGCUGAACUAUACAGCUAUACCGAGGAACCAGAAUUUUGCUUGCAGAAAAAAGCAUUUGAAGACUUGAUGUCUGAUUUUGGCUUACCAGUUCGAUGGACAGAUAUGACUAAUGAUCAAAUGGAAAAAGCAAUAUUGCAUCUGCUUGAUUAUAUAGAGAUGUCACAGCGGACAACUCGUAUGCAAGCAGCUAGAGCUGUUCUCUAUUUGGUGCAGGGUGGUUUUGGUGAAUGUCUUGUGAUUGAAGGUCAAUAUUCAAUGGCUAAAAAAAAUGUAGUUCUGCUUUAUAGAUACGGUGUCUUCAACACAUUCGUGCAACUACUCAAUAUGGAAAUCGAAAACAGCAGCGCUGCUACUUCUGCUUUAAGGAAACCGGCUGUUUCUUUAGGUGAUAGUAUUGAUCUGCGUAUAAUUUUGAAUGUUUUGUAUACUUUUGUGGAGGUAAUGCGAGUUUUGAAUGACGAAGACUAUUUGAAGAUUAGAGAGACUUUUGUUGAAGAACUAGCAUCACCUCUGAGUGGAGAACUUCUUGCUCAUACACUUUUCCAAAUGGUUACAAGGUUUUGUUCUGGGAAUGCUCCACAUUUUCCAAUUAAGAAGAUUUUACUGCUUUUAUGGAAAACAAUAUUGGUGUCUUUAGGUGGGUAUGAAGUUUUAAUAGAGACUAAAAACACCAAUCGUCAGAAAGCAAACCUGGAUCCGGUACCUGAUGAUACCAUUCAAGUGACUAGGACAAUGAGAGCUGCUUCUCCACCGGCAUCAGCAGCAGAUCUGAUAGAAGCUCAGCAGCAAAGAAAAAACACCAGACCAUUCAAGAGACAAAGUUUAAUUAAACAGAGCAGCAUGGAUGACUCAAUGGCCUAUCAAGAUUUGGAUUCUGAUAAUAAUUCAGAUGACAUUAUGAGAUACAUUGAAGAACAGGAAGGGGUUGAAGAUGAGUAUAGACCACCCACUCCACGUCCAUCAACACCUCUGCCCACUGCCCUCGGUGAUCAAGAGGCUGAACUACAAAAUAAAGGUCUUCCUUGGGUUCCAAAAGUGCGUCCAAAAGAUAUUGAUGCUUUCCUGGAUCACACCCGUAUGAAAUUUAUCGGAUAUUCGCUAAAUAAUGAUCAGACAAGUUUAGCAGGAUUGCCACUGCCUAUACAUGAAGGUCUAAAAGUUCUAAAACAGCAUGUGUAUAUUUCAUUAUCUGAUGUCCAAAUUAAACAAGAAGAAGAAAAUGCUAAAUUGCCAUUAUCUAGGAAAGACAUAAUCAUUCCAGAAACCAGAGUAGAAGUUUUAUACCGUUCUAUCCUACCAAGCUUACCCCAAUUCAUGAUAGCUCUUUUAAAAAUACUGCUUGCAGCUGCUCCUACUUCAAAAGCCAAAACGGAAUCUAUCAAUAUAAUGGCUGAUGUUUUGCCGGAAGAAAUGCCAAUGACAGUCAUCCAGUCACUAAAGUUAGGAAUUGAUGUGAAUAGACAUAAAGAAAUAAUUGUAAAAGCAAUAUCAGCCAUCAUUCUCUUGCUUUUGAAACAUCUAAAAAUAAAUCAUGUUUAUCAGUUUGAAUACAUGAGCCAACAACUUAUGUUUGCCAACUGCAUCCCUCUUGUCUUAAAGUUUUUCAACCAAAAUAUCAUGUCUUAUGUUGGAGCAAAAAAUACCAUAACAGUUAUAGAUUUUCCAGCCUGUGUGAUUGGUGAACAACCAGAAUUAAGUGAAGAAACUUUAGAAAUGGGAGACCAAUUACCGUAUUGUUGGCGAAAUUUAUUCUCCUGUAUAAAUUUAUUACGCCUUUUAAAUAAACUCACUAAGUGGAAACAUUCUCGCAUAAUGAUGCUUGUUGUUUUUAAAUCUGCUCCCAUCCUCAAACGAGCUCUGAAAGUGAAGCACGCUAUGAUGCAGCUCUAUGUCUUAAAGCUACUGAAAAUGCAGACAAAAUAUCUAGGAAGACAAUGGCGAAAGAGCAAUAUGAAAACUAUUUCUGCAAUUUAUCAAAAAGUUCGCCACAGAUUAAAUGAUGAUUGGGCUUAUGGAAAUGAUCUUGAUGCAAGACCAUGGGACUUCCAAGCUGAAGAAUUUGCUCUUCAAGCGAGCAUCAAUCGUUUUCAUAACAGGCGUUACGAUCGAUCUGGAUCUUUAAUAGCUCUCGAUCCUGAUUACCAACCAGUGGACAACAACGUUUUAAGUGUGUUAGGUAGGGAGAUCGAACUCACUGAUGAAUUUAAAUACCACUACGAGAGCUGGCUGAAAAGGGAAGUUUUUCAGCUUUCCACUGACUGGGAUCAACUUUUAACUGUUCAGUAUAUGUGAUGUUUUAGCUAUAAAUUAUUAUAUUAGGUUUUGCUGCUACUGUACCUUUGAAUAAAGUAUUAUUUACUGCUACUGAUAGUUUACAUUAAAGCCUUUUUUUUAUACAAAAUAUCAUUUGAUGAGACAGGCUGUAAACUGAUAUAUUUUCAUUUGUAACUUUUUACCAUCUCAUCUCACAUGAUCGCUUUGCUAAGGAUACUCAAACUAUAGUUUGGUAACCUUCCUUAUCAUUUGGAUGCUUUGUAUUUUAUGAACUGAAAAAGAAUUAAAAUUUUUUUUUAAAAAUAAUGCCAGUGAAUUGCCUUUAUUCUUAGGUAUAGUACCCGCAAAUAAAAGUCUUGUUUUAAAUUAUUAAUUGUUUGUUUUUCAAUAAAUGUUUUUGCACCUCUUA